AUGUUCGACGACGGACCAGGCCUUUACCUGGCUACAUCAGCCUUGGCAGUAGCUUUUUUAAGCUGUUGUCGGAAAUACUGGCUUAAUAGUUCGCAUCCUCCCCUGCCGCCUGGUCCUACUCCCCUCCCAAUAGUGGGAAAUAUUCUCAGUCUUGAUUCCGCUCGACCUUGGCUGACCCUCAACGCCUGGAGAUCCACAUAUGGCGAUAUCAUAUUUGCUCGUCUGCUCAACAAGCCUGUCAUCGUGAUAAAUUCUGAGGAGAUUGCGAAAGACCUUUUUGAAGGCCGGUCCACUAUAUAUUCGGAUAAACCCCAGUCCAUUGUCUACGAACCCUUCGCGUCGGACUUCAACAUAGGGCUCAUGCCAUAUGGAGACAGGUGGCGCCUACAUCGACGCAUGUUCCAUCAGGCAUUUCGUCAAGCUGAGAUACCUACUUAUCACGCUUUGACACUCCGUUCCGCCCACAAAAUGCUGUUUAGUCUUCUACAAGACCCAGGCAAUUAUCCAAGCCAUGUCAAGAUGUUCACAGCUUCGUCUAUACUGUCUAUUGUGUAUGAUUAUGAAGUUAAAGCCAAGGACGACACCAUUCUCCACGUCAUUGAAACGUACCUGGAAGUGGCAGUAGAAAUGUUGACGCCACGUACUACUGUGGCAAUUGAGACAUUCCCUUUUCUUUUGAGGCUACCUAGCUGGUUUCCCGGUGCCACAUUCAAGCGAGCAUCAGUGAAGUGUCUGAACGCAGCCCAUGAUGUGAAGGAGUUACCCUUCCAAUAUGUCAAAGAGAAGAUGUCCACUGGCAACAUGGCACCAUGCUUUGUGACUGAGACCUUGAACAGGGCGAGGCUUUCUGUUGAGGAUGACAACGUCAUUACAACUGCAGUCAAGGAAGCUGCUUGUAUGGCGUUUGCAGGGGGCGUUGAAACGACUACCUCCACGUUACUUGUGUUCCUUCUUGCUAUGGUGCUCCACCCAGAAGCACAAGCCAAAGCGCACGCGGAAAUUGACCGAGUCGUUGGAAAAGAUAGACUCCCCGGUUUCGACGAUAGGCCUGCGUUGCCUUAUGUGGAGGCUAUUUUGCGUGAAACACUCAGGUGGCACCCUAUAUUUCCGUUGGGCAUUCCUAGCGCAACAACGACUAGUGACAUCUACAAAGGUUAUUUCAUCCCCAAAGGUUGGUAUCAUACUGUUCUAGCGAAGGUCGCUAAUGACCCAGAUUAUCAGGGAUUAUCGGCGAUGACACAUGAUGAGACGAAGUACCCCAGUCCUGAGGAAUUCAAGCCCGAACGAUUUCUCCAUGAUGAUGGGUCCCUCACCAACGACAGGAUGCAUUUAGGCUUUGGCUGGGGUCGCCGGAUGUGUGUGGGACGACAUGUCGCAGACGCGUCACUCUGGAUCGCGAUGGCAAGCUUCCUGGCUGUUUUUUCGGCCCACAAGGCUCUUGAUAGUCAUGGCAUGGACAUCCCAGUCAUUCCAAAGUACACCACUGGGGUCGCUGUGUUUGUAAAAUCUCAUUUGUUCUUGAGACUAGUCCGCUGA